GAACAUAACCAUAGUCUGGAAUUAUGCAGCACAUACCCCCAAAACAGGCUUCUGACUACAUCUGAGAAGGAGACAUUUGCAGAUGUAGCAAAAUGCAAUAUUAAACCUAAGGAUUUCAAAAAUUAUGUCUAUGAAAAAACAGGCAAGACUCUAACAACACAAGACAUUAACAAUUACAAAAACCGUAGUGUGAAUUCUGUGACUGCAGUUAAAACUAGUGAGGCUCAUGGGGCCCUGUUGUUAGAGCAAUUGCAUAGUCUUGCCUCCAAGAACCCUAAUUGGAUCAUACAUUAUGAAAAAGAUAAAAACAAUGAGCUGUUAUUUGUGUUGUUCCAGACGUCCGUUAUGCGAGAAACUUUGGAAAAGUAUCCCGAAAUUCUGUUCAUCGAUGGGACAUAUAAGGUUAACGUAGAAGGUUACAUUCUCUAUUCAAUUCUUUGUGAAGACGCUCGUGGUAGGGGUCGAUGCAUUUGCUAUGCGUUUUUGCAAAGGGAAACCUCCCUAAUUGUUCGCCCUGUUUUUCAGAAGUUUAUAGAUUGUAAUCCUUUUGUACUUUCAGCAUGCAAAGUUGUUAUGGUAGAUAAGGACCUAAAUCAGUCAAGGAUUUUGAAAGAGCUUCUGCCAAAAAGCACCAUUCUCCUAUGCACUUGGCAUGUUCUCCAUUACUUGGACUUGCAGAUUAUGAAAUACCCAGUUCAUCAGAGGGAAUUAUUGCGUCGCCUAAUUAAAGAAGUUGUCUAUGCCAAUCACCUGUCUGUUUACGACAAAAAAGUUGCGCUGUUGAGGGAACACUCUCCUGACGAUUUUUUGCUCUACUUCAUGAACAAUUGGGAUUCCUGCAAAGAAAUGUGGGCGCAUGCGUGCCGCCGAGACUUGCUAACAAUGGGGAAUAAUACCAACAACCGAAUUGAGAGCCAUAAUCAAAAACUAAAAAGCUUCCUGCGUCCAGGAAUGCACCUGGCUGCUGCGAUGACUGCUUUGCUAGAGUAUAUUGACCAUGAUAUUAUAUCACUAAGGUUUGCAAAACUUAGAGAGCUUAAGCUCAAUUUAAAUACAAGUAGCUUUGACAUGUUCCAGCUAACAUUAGCUCAAACGUGCACUCUGGUAGCUAGGAAUAUAGUAUUACGGGAAUAUGAGAAGUUUAAGACUAUUCGCUAUAUUGUUAGCUUUCAAAAUGACGCAUACACUGUUAAGUUGGAAGGGACAGAGUAUGUGAUAGCAAAAAGCCUAGACAGUUGCACAUGCCUCUGUUAUUCCCAAUAUGGACUUCCAUGUGCCCACAUUUUGACAGCACGGUCUUUUGCAAAUCUAGAACUAUUUGACCACUCUGUUAUUCCGCAUCGAUGGCGUAGGAGCCACUUCCUAGCAUCUGAAGCUACCGACCCUCUAAGCAUGCCUGGUCCAUGCACAGCUGGUUCGAGCCCACUAAGCUUGCAUAGCCCAACUCCGCUUAGCUCAAACCCACCUAGCCCGAGCCCACGUAGCCCAACUCCGCUUAGCUCAAGCCCACUUAGCCCGAGCCCACGUAGCCCAACUCCCUUUAGCUCAAACCCGCCUAGCCCAAGUCCUCAUAGCCCGACCCCCCUUAGCUCAAACCCACCUAGCCCAAGUCAGUCUAGCACAAGCCAGCCUACCCAAACCACAGUUACAUCAGCCAUACUGAAGCCCCCACCUGUAAAAUUGGAUACCAUUGAGGCCAGGUAUAAUUAUGCCUACAAGUUUUUAACAGAUAUAGUGAAACCAACAGCUAACAUCUUGGCCCAGUGUGGCGAACAGGAGCUAAAUGAAAAGUUGACAGAUAUUCAGACAUUCCUUAGCAAUCUUACAACGUUUUCUAGCAACCAGGUGCAGCUUUUGUCACAGUCUGUAGCACCCCGUGCAGCUCAUAAGGAUGUGCCUGAUCAACAGCCAACAGACACAGCAAGUGACAGGAAACCUUCCGAAGAGCUGCGUAUUAGUUUAAUUAAAAGUAAACGAGGGAGACCGCGAACUGUAAAAGUCACGAAAAAGCGUAAAUUGUCAGAAAUCUGCAACAAAAAACUUUGUCUUAGCAUGAUUCGUGCAGAGUUGAUUCCUCUUUAUAGCGCUUAUUCACUAACAGAUGAACACUUGGAUGAUGUAUUAUACAACCGUCCGCUGCCAGACAGUGUCAUGAAUAUUGCAAUGCAGUUAACACGUCAAAAAUUUCCGCAUCGGGAAGGUUUCCAAGACGCUUUGCUGAGCCAGGGACUACUAUUCAAGCAGAUAAAGGGUCCAUUCAUUCAAAUCUUACACACAGCAAACCCGGAUCAUUGGAUCACAGUAACAACUAUUGAUGUGCCCCCUGAUUCUGUCUUUGUUUAUGAUUCUCUUGAUCAAACUGUUCCCCCUGAUGCUGUAAAACAGGUGUGCAGCAUACUUAAGUUACCAUCUGCAAAUGUAACUAUUUUUGUAAGACCUGCACAGGGCCAAGGUUGCACAGUAGAUUGUGGCUUAUUUGCUAUUGCUAACAUGUACUGCAUAGCAUCUGGCAAAGACCCUACCACUGUAAACUUUAGACAGCAAUUAAUGAGGGGCCAUCUACUAAAGUGCAUUCGUAAUGGGAUGAUGGAAGACUUCCCUGUAACUCUUUCCCUUGUUUCUCGUGUGCGACCAAAAGAUUCUGUUUUCACCGUGCAUUGUUUGUGCAGGCAGCCUCUGCUUGCUGAUGCUCCUGGGGUAAUUCAAUGCGCAGGAUGCCAAUCUCUCUUUCACGAAGCCUGUCUAGAAAAAAAACCCAACCAUGGCAUGACAUUUGUUUGCAGCCGAAGUUGUAUUGCAGCUAAAAUGCCGAAUAAGCUGAGGUUAUUUUAAUUAACAACGGUUUCUUCCAGUACCUUCCGCUUUAUGUAUUAUCUUUGCGUUUAUCCCUGUUAUUGCCUACCUUGUUUUGUCAAGUAACCUUGUACAGUGUUUUUCUUUUAGCUGCACCAAAUUUUCAGAGAGAGAGAACGUGAGAUAGGGUAAUUUGAGCCUUGGGGCAGUGUUAGUAGUCAUGGCGUCCACUAGGGAAAGGGUGAAAUUAGGUAAUUAGUUAGCUAAUGAACUAAAACUGAACUAGCAGUGCAGUCAAAUUUUGAUCGAAAAAUCUGUGGUAGGUGCUACGGGGGUCGAGAAGUGUCACCCUGGUACAUGGCAUCACACUAAACCUAUAACUGAAAUGGCGGACAAGAGUGCCAGUGACAUCAUCUUUGUGUCACGGCGCGGAAACGUGGGUCGGAGCUACCGCAGCUGGCUCCACUCGC